AUGUCCUGCACCAGCCACAGAAUGCACACUCAGCGGUGUUUGUGCAUUCAUUCAUCUUUACAAUGCCUUGAUCUUGCCAUGCAAUCUCUUCUGCUGAAUCAUGGGUUGCUUCCGUGCCCGCUUUCUCUGAUGCCUGAAUCACCGCCACCCAGCAUCGUGAAGACUCUAAACGGCAUCGCAAAAGUCAGAGAAGUCCUGAGAGGUGUGUUUCGAUCCAGACAUCGUCGAUCGAUUCGGGAAGUGGCGAUCUGUGUAGGACCGAAUCCUCACCGCAUUGUUCAUGCGUAUAAAAUGCCGGUAUCGAUAUGCGAUUCCGAAGAUUCCCAUGAUGAAAGCUGCGGAUCGUCAUGUGCGGAGCUUUCCGACGUAGAAAAACGUCGCCUCAAUCGGCAACUGUUUUUGGCUUUUCCUCCUGAAGAGGCUCGUCAUGUGGGACAAAGAAUGUUUGUCUUUUUAAGAGGAUAUGAUAGCCUAGUUGGUGAAGAUAUUGAAGAGAGUGACAUAUUCUUCCACAACGACAAAUGCAGUAUGGUCGAAUUUGAUCACGAAGGUUGUUCCAUGCAGAUGACUGAACAAGCCGAUGACGUGUUCAGGUAUCCAUCCAAAUGUUUGGAUAAGGUAUUGGUCUAA